AUGGCCACCUUCUCAGGACACUUUGGCGGUGGUGUCCAGUCCUACUUCAUGUUCCUGCGCUUCCUGGUGGUGCUCAACUUCCUGUCGUUUUUGCUGAUUGCUGGGUUCAUCCUCAUCCCCAGUAUCGUGUUCAGAUCCACCAGUAACAUGACAGUGGACAGCACUGGAUGUGUGUGUGUCUCAGGUCUAGAGGAGUGUAGGGUCUAUGAUCCAAAUCUUCAAGGUCUGGUGGUGUUUUACCAGUACUUCCUGGACUUACUCUCUGGAACGGGUUUCAUGGAGUACUCCUACAUGUUCUAUGGUUACUAUAACAACACCGUGGCAGAGAGCAGUGGCUUCCACUACAACCUGCCCCUGGCCUACCUCCUCACCUCCGUCUUCUACUUCGCCUUCUGUCUCAUCUGCAUCAUCACACGCAUGGGGAGUGCACUUCGCAUUGCUGUGGCAACAGGCAGCGGUGCUGCCGGCAGUUACAGCAAGAUGGUGUUCACUGGCUGGGACUUCGGUUGCCAGGGAGACCGGGCCACCCAACUCAAACAGAAAAGCAUCCACUACCAGCUACAGGUGGACCUGGAGGAGGAGAGGCUACAGAAAAAGUCUUUGUCUCUAACCUUAGGUCAGACAGUGGGUCUGUGUUCUCUACGCAUCUUCCUCAUGCUCGUCUCCCUCGCCCUCAUAGGAGGAGCUUUCUUUGGCAUCUUCAAGGCUACUGUCUUCAGCCAGGCGCAGGUUGGAGCAGAGGGCAUUCUGGGCCUGUUCUGGGUUUACCUUCCUUCCAUCGUCAUCACAACAGGAAACUUUGUUGUGCCCUUCAUGUGUGACCAGAUAGCCCUGUUUGAGAGAUAUUCUCCUAGUACCACCAUCAUCAUGGCACUGUUCAGGUCAGUGUUUCUGCGUAUGAUAAGUCUGGGAGUGCUGCUGUUUACUCUGUGGAGUCAGAUCACCUGCUUUAAAGACAGUCCAAAAUGUGAGCUCUGCCAGUACAACAACAAGGAAUAUCCGUGCUGGGAGACGCGUGUGGGACAGGAGAUGUACAAACUGGCCUUGUUUGACUUCCUCAUUACCAUCGCCAUGCUUAUCCUGGUGGAGUUUCCACGCAGGUUGUUUGUGGACCACUACUCCUGUGCACUGACCCGGUGGGUAGGUCGUCAGGAGUUCUUGGUGCCUCCCAAUGUGCUGGGUCAGGUCUACGGUCAGACAGUGGUGUGGACCGGAGCUCUGUUCUGCCCUCUGCUGCCUCUCAUCAACACACUCAAGUUCUUCAUCCUCUUCUACUGCAAGAAGGUCACUCUGUUUUCUAACUGUCGUCCGGCGGUGAAGACGUUCCGCUCCACCACCUCCAUCAUCUUCUUCCUGGUGGUGUUGCUGUUCGGCUGGGGCAUCGCCCUUGUCGCCAUGAUCUACAGCCUGGCCCAGAUCCAUCCCUCUAUGAGCUGUGGUCCGUUCCGCUCUCUCACUAUGAUGUGGAGUAUCGUUCCCAACACCUUCUACACUCUCUCCCUGACAACACAGGACUUCAUCUUCUACAUGGGCUCCCAGGCCUUCUCCAUCCCUCUCUUCAUCUUCUCCUGUGUGGUGCUGUGUUACGUAGCAGCUCUAGCCGCAGUCUAUUUUGACCGUAGAAAGUGGAAAUAAAAUAUCCACAGGAAAGUAUUGUUUAACCGACUUUUUGCGGCGAAGGUAGGUUCUGUCGCUUGUAUUUUCAAUCUCCCGAGGCAUUGUUGCACAUUAUGUAAACAGUAGCCGAACGUUGUCGACCGAAGCAGUUCCCUCUCAGUGAGCUGGGUAUAAUUUGUGGAACGUUCCAACAGGAAUCUGUUCCAAAAAGUAAGUAAAUAACAAGGUUGCCAGCAAACAACGGAUACAAAAUUGCAUAGCGGCAGAAUAAGAUACCGGGUAGGGAGUGGGCUAUUUCAUUCAGUUUUUCACUCACCACUGUUUAUUCCGAAAAAUGUCUGUUCUCACUCUGGUAGCCUAUGGAUAAACAUUAAGAAUAAGCUACGUGGAAAUGGGUUAAGACUAGCUAACUUUAGCUAGCUAGCGAACUGGAGUUACAGUAGAGAUUGACUGAAUUGCAAACAACAGAAGUCAGGGCAUGUUACGGUUUUGACACAUUUUU